AUGGCACGGGUCAGCCUCGCACCCACCACGCGAGCCCCGGCCUCGCCUAGAUCCAAGCUGGUUUGUGGAAACUCGCCCGAUGCCAAGAAGAUGAAGAAGAAGAGGAUGAAGCGCGAGAUGAGGUGGACCCAUGGGUGGGUUACCCAUGCUUCACACAUGACGGCGAGCCGAGACCCGCCCAGAUCCGGGUGGGGCUUGAAUUUGCGCGGCGACACGAGGUCAACCCAUGGGUGGGUCACCCACGUCGUGCGUAGUAGAGCCCCGUCCAGAUCCGGGAAGGGCUCGAAAUCGCACGACGACGCGAGGGUGACCCUUGGGAAGCAGAUGCGAGCCAAUACCUCGACGUCAUCAUCCUUCAAGCAGCAAUUCUUGAGGAUUUCUUAUGAAGAACUCUUGAGAGCUGCUGACAAAUUCUCCGAGACCAAUUUGAUUGGUAAAGGGAGAUACGGCAUGGUUUCUAAGGGGAUUCUUGGCUGCGGCAUUACGGUGACGGUGAAGAUACUAAGAGUAUGUUCAAGUGUGGACAUUCGUGGCAACGACUUCAAAGCUCUGAGAUACGAGUUCAUGGCUAAUGAAAGCUUGGAGGAGUGGCUGCACCCUGGAACUAUAGGACCAGAGAACAAGCACGGCGAAUCGAGAAGUCGAAGAUUCACCCAGAGGUUAAACAUCGCCAUCAACAUAGCUACUACGAUCGAAUAUCUCCAUAAGGGUUGUUCUCUAGCAGUCAUCCAUGGAGAUCUGAAGCCAAAGUAUGGCAUGGGACACAAUGUUUCCAUGCUUGGGGAUGCGUACAAUUACGGCAUUUUAUUAUUGCAAAUGUUCACCAGAAAGAGGCCCACUAAAGAGGCCUUUGAGCCCCAUUUUAACCUACAUAGCUUUGUCAUGAUGGCUGUUCCCGGCCGAGCGAUAGAUGUCAUAGACUUGAGGCUUUUGAGUGCAACUGGUGAUCAACAACAGGAGUUCAUAAUCCGAGAUUGCUCGACUUUCAUACUAGAAGUUGGACUGGCUUGCUUGAUGGGAUCACCGCGAGAUCGGAUGGACAUGACCGAGGUGGUCAAGGAAUUACAUUCGAUCAGGGAGAGUUAUGAAACCAAACAGAGGAGUACAAGGAUGUAG